AUGGCGGGCGCUCUCCAGCUGUCUUCCUCCGAGGCUGUUGCCCAUCUCGAAACAUACAAACGAUCAGAUGGCCUCUCAGUCAACGAUCUCAUGGACUCUCGCGUCCACGGUGGUCUCACAUACAAUGACUUCCUUAUGCUCCCUGGAAAGAUCGAUUUUCCUGCUUCCGAUGUCAUUACGGAGACCAGAAUAACUCGUAAUGUCAUUCUCAAGACUCCGUUUAUGAGUAGUCCUAUGGACACCGUCACCGAGACCCACAUGGCCAUCAGUCUCGCCCUGCUAGGUGGUAUUGGUAUCAUUCAUCACAACCAGUCCCCUGCUUCUCAAGCAGCUAUGGUUCGAGCCGUGAAAAGGCACGAGAAUGGUUUCAUCACAGAUCCUAUCAUCUUUACUCCCAAUCACACUGUUGCAGACGUGCUUGACAUCAAGGCGCGUCUUGGAUUCUGCGGUAUCCCUAUCACAGAAACCGGAUCUUUGGGAGCUAAGCUUGUCGGCAUCGUCACCUCACGCGACGUUCAGUUCGAGUCCCCCGAGACACUCCUUCACGAGGUCAUGACCAUGGACCUUGUCACUGCACCUCAGGGCGUUACACUUACAGAAGCCAACCAAAUUCUCCGUGCCUCCAAAAAGGGAAAACUACCCAUCGUCGACGACCAGGGUCGUCUCACCUCCCUCCUCGCUCGAUCUGACCUCCUCAAAAACCAAAAUUACCCGCUAGCUAGCAAGGACCCCAACAGUAAGCAGCUGUAUGCAGCUGCAGCUGUCGGCACGCGACCUAGCGACAAGGACCGCCUGAAGCUCCUUGUUGAGGCUGGCCUUGAUAUCGUCGUCCUUGACUCGUCGCAGGGUAAUUCAUUGUUCCAGAUCGACAUGAUCCAGUGGAUCAAACAAACGUUUCCCAAACUCGAGGUUAUCGCAGGCAAUGUCGUCACCCGUGAACAGGCUGCUAACCUCAUUGCCGCGGGGGCAGAUGCCCUCCGCGUCGGCAUGGGUAGUGGCUCCAUUUGUAUUACACAAGAGGUUAUGGCUGUCGGUCGGCCACAGGCCACAGCUGUGUUCGCUGUUGCCGAGUUUGCGUCCAAGUUCGGCGUUCCUGUGAUCGCGGACGGUGGUAUCAGUAAUGUGGGGCACAUUGUCAAGGCGCUCGCCCUUGGUGCAAGCGCUGUAAUGAUGGGAGGGCUUCUUGCGGGCACCACAGAGGCACCGGGAGAGUACUUCUACCACGACGGGAAGCGAGUAAAAUCUUACCGAGGCAUGGGUAGUCUCGAGGCUAUGGAGCAGGGUAAACCGGGCGCGUCUGGUCAGGUCAAUGGCUCCACGAACCACACGUCACAGCCCUCGAGCAAGCUACAAGAGAACGCCGCUACGACGCGCUAUUUCUCCGAGUCAUCCGUGGUCAAGGUUGCACAGGGCGUGUCGGGUGAUGUCCAGGAUAAGGGCAGCGUCAAGGCGUUCAUACCAUACCUAUACGUUGGUGUCCAGCACAGUCUUCAGGACAUCGGCGUGCGCAGCGUUACGGAGCUGCAGGAAGGCGUGAUGGAGGGUCGUGUCAGAUUUGAAAUGAGAACAGCAAGCGCACAGGUGGAGGGGGGUGUUCAUGGCUUGCAUUCAUAUACCAAAAGAUUGUAUGCUUGA